AUGAGAGAUUUCCAUAUUAAUGAACAUCGAGUAGAUGAUAUAUUGGAAGACCAACAACAAAUAAUACAAAGUACCAUUUCCACUGAAAUAUUACCUAUAUCUAUUGCAGAGCAGGCCCGUAGGGGCGAGUUACACUCAUGGCUUAAAGAGCCUACACUAGCCUCAUCAGACACGAAGUGUCCUGUUUUACAGACUCCAUCCGAAAAUUUUAAUCGACUCAGAAGAGAGACUUUAUAUUCAGAAUCUACUCCUCUCAAUACAGAAAUAAAGAAGAAAAGUUCCAAAUCUCGGUCUAAAUCUGUAUUAUGUAGACCCGAAGGGUCAUUGCAAAGCAAUAAUAAUGAGCUCCGCUCUCACAUAUCUGAUUCAAUACCUACUAAUAAUUCUAAUGAGACAGAAAAAAUAAGUAGUGGGUAUCUAGUCGCAUUACGUGAAAAAGAAGCCAGAAGAGAUGAGAAAAAUAAAGCAAAUAUGACUCGCCUAUUAGCUACUACUACUACAUAG